AUGACACAGCAAGAUCCAGCCGUCCGGAACCCGGAGUCAAAACAAGCUUCGGUCGAUGCACAGGAUCCAACAACGGAGAAGAACCCGUCAAAGUUCCAGAAGGGUCCAAGGUUCUGGGCUAUCAUGGUUGUGCUCUCGCUAGUGAGUCUUCUCACGGCUCUGGAGGCCACAGUCACUUCGACGGUCAUGCCAUCGCUCGUCGCCGAUCUGGGUGGGGGCGAAGAGUUCAUCUGGGUCUCUAAUGCAUACUUCUUGACUAUGUAA